UAGGCGUCUCUGUGUGUGCCGACAGAUAUAAGUUCGUGUCAAACGAAUAGAAAUCGAGUCACGGUCGGUAUCAAGUCGAUACCCGCAGAGUUCAAGCCAAUGGGCUCAAAACUAUAUUGGUUAAAAUGCUUGUUAAAAUUGUAAAAAGAAAUAUAAUGUUUUCCAAUUUAGAGUGUACGAAUGUGGAGAUAAACGAUUUGUAAUAAAACCUAAGUAUUAAUUUCAUCAUCGAUACGAGACACGGC